AUGGCUCUUGGUGAUAUGAUCGGUGGUACUGAAGCCACUCCAAAUACAGAAGAUUCAACUCCAACUCGCCGGAAAAGCCCCAAAUGGACGACAAAACAUAAUUUGGUGUUAUUGAUUGGAUGGAUUAAAUAUGAGAUAGACAGCGUUGUUGAACGGCAAGCUGUUCGUGAUCAACCACGUUAUGGUAUUCAAGUAGGAGGAAACACUAGAUAUUGGAGCAUUGGAUCAAAGAGAUCCGCUGAGAGGUAUGCAAGUGAUUCCAGUUAUGUAGGAUCUGUUGCUCGUCCAAUGGGGAGAGAUGCAACUAAAAAAAAAGGGAAAAAGAAAGGUAAGGGAGCAGCUUUGGAAGUAGUCAACGAAGAGUGCAAUGAAUUCAAACAAAUCAAGGUGCAAGAGUUGGAACGAUUGGGAAAAAUAACCAUGAGGCAAGAGGAGGCAAACCAUUUAAUGAAAGAAAGAACUGAAGCUAAGAAGAUGAAGAUGUAUCUAAAGUUAAGUGAAAAGGAGCAUCUUAAAGAACGAAGUAAAGAGUUGUUGGAGAAGUUGAGUCACGAUCUAUUUGGAAAUUAA